AUGUGCAUCCCCAAAUCCAACCACAAGAAACUCGUCGACGACUGCUACCCGCCCCCCAAGGCGCUCGCUUCCUCGGCUCCCGAGUACCGUCCCAACUCCAACGAGCUCGGCCGCCUCACCUACUACGCACAGAACAAACCCGCAAAACUCACAAAGGUCGGCAGCCUCCUCGAGUCCAAGGCAAAUGCAGACGCUCGCUCCGCAAAGGCCUCCGGCGUCGCCGCCGACAAGGCCAAGGCCGGCCUCAUGAUCACCCUCGCCAUCACAAAGAACCUGCUGGCAGAGUGCAAAUCUUCGCUCAAUUACUUUAUCAAGCCCGCGCACAACAUCAUCGCCGCCGCCCUCGACGCUGCCCAGCCCACUCCCGCCCGCCCGCGCGACCUCGAGAUCAGCGCACGCGCCGCAAGCGCCUUCUACGCCCUCGCCUCCUUCCUCGACCCCGCCACCACCGCCGUCGACGACGCCUUCCAACGCAACCUCCGCUCCUUCGCCGCCCUCGCCGUAGAGCGUCCACGCGCUGCAGACGCAACCCUGCCCGAAGACGCAGAGCUGCGCAACCGCACCCGCCUCAUCGGCCUCGGCGCUCUCGCUGGCGCAGUCGGCUCCGACGCCAUCUACUCGUCCAGCGCAUCCAACCUCAUCGCGCUCAUCACCCCAGCCCUGGUGGAGAACGCAAAGCCCAACCGCGUCACCAUCGACUGGCUCCGCAGCGAAGCCAACAAGGCCUCCGACGGCGAACCCAGCUACGCCGAGUUCAACAUCGCCAAGAAGCCGCUCGCCAUCCGCCGCGUACGCUCCAUCUCGGCGCACGUCGCGGGCGAAAAGGGCCCUUCCUCCGAGGACGUCACCUCCGCCGCCAUCGGCACCCUCCGCGGCCUCCUCCGCCACGCAGACGCGCUCCAGGUGCAGAGCGUCGUGCACAACGUCAUCCUCUGGCUCGACACCAACUCCGCCCUCGCCAUCCCCGCCCCCACCGACGGCCGCACCCCAGUCUCGCAGUGGGACAACACCGAGUGGUGCUGCUGGCUCGCACAGUCGCUCUGCACCUGGUCCGCGCUCCAGUACCGCUUCGUCGUGCUCGACACGCUCGUCGCCCACCUCGUCGAGUCCUGCGAGGGCACCGCCACCUCCAAGCACCUCUCGCUCAUCCACAUGGCGCGCACCAUCCUCACCGCACAGCUCAGCCUCAUCGGCCUCAGCACCUCCGACACGCUCACCAACCUCUCGGCGCUCGCCGUGCGCAGGGUGUACCGCGACACGCGCGACUCGCUCCUCCCACCCUUGGUCGACUGCAUCAGCGGCCUCGGCACGCACGUCUACUACGCAGACCAGAUCAACGACAUUGUCGACGAGAUCGCCGCACGCAUCGCCGCGCUCCAGAUGCCCGACGCCAACACCAGCGCCGACGCCGCCUCGCUCAAGCCCAACAACCUCGGCCAGCUCGGCCGCGGACAGCAGCUCGACCUCAACAACCACAUCCACCGCCAGCGCCUCGCCAACGCAGGGCCCGAACAGCGCGACGAGAGCAUCCGCGUGCUCCUCUUCUGCCUCCAGGGCGUCCUCCGCGCCACCCACCACUCGAGCGGCGAGAUCCACAAGCCCGUCGAUGCCCCAGCGCAGCAGCGCGACGCCGAUGCCAAGGGCAAGGCGGCCAACGCAGAGACCAAGCUCGGCCUGGCGCGCGCGGGUACGCGCAACCGCGUCUCGCCUUCGUCGCUUUUGCCCACCGCCAGCCUGCUCGCCUCGCCCAACCACGCGGUGCGUCUGGCGUAUGCGCAGACGCUCAUCACGCUCUUCCGCGACGAGCUGGACCGCGAGCCGUUGGACUCGAGCGCCUCGGUGUUUGCUGCGGCGCCCAUCGGCGAGCGCGUGGGCGACGACAUUGGUCUGGUGCACGCGCUCGGCGCGGCGGUGCACGUCAUGUGCCUCGGCAAGACGCUCUCGCCGCCCGCGCAGGUGGUGGCCAACCUGCGUGAGUCGCCGCUCGAGGCGCUGCCGCAUCUGGACCGCAUCAACGCCGACCCCGGGCGGCCCGGCUCGCUCAACAGCGGCGUGUCGAGCGCGUCGGAUGCCGAGUCGAUGGCGGCGCUGCCCGUCGACUAUGUCGCCGUGUCGCAGGCGCUCGAGCACCUUGUGAGCGCGCUGCCGUGCAGUGCAGCGCUCGCGCUCACGCCCAUGCUCGUCGCGCUCGACCGCGAUGCAGGCAGCCGUCUGGUGGUCAAUGCUGCCUCGGCCAGCACGGGGCUCGAGAACCAGCGUCGCGUCGCGUCGCGCAUGCUCGCCGCGCGCGUGUGGGCCAAGCUCGGCGAGACGUUUGACGUGCCCGCCAUCGCCAAGGCCGCCGAGAGCGUGCUGGCGCAGGUGCCCUCGCUGGGUGUCGAGCCGGGUCCGUCACCCGCAGCGGGUCUGACGCUGCCGCCCGAGGUGAUCCCCUUUUCGGCGGUGGGUGGCAUCAAUGCGGCGGGCGACUCGAGCAGCUCGAGCUCGCCCUCGCUCAACGCCAGCACGGUUGUCGGUGGGCUUGCCUCGAGCGCCAAGCUGCAGUCGGCUACGCAGCUCGAUGCGGGCGUGCUCAGGCGAUGGCUCGAGCGCGAUUGGAACGUCACCAUGGCGGUCGACGAGGCGUUCAAUGCCUCCAACCCGUACGCCAGCUCGUCCGUCGCUUCGGCGUCGCAGCAGCCGUCGCGUCGUCCGUCGGUGACGCCGGUCAACGGUCUGGCUGUCGGUGGGGCAUCGCUUGUCAAUGGCAGCAAUGCUUCGUCGGCCUCGCUUUCGCGCGGAGGCAGGCUGAGUAUGCAGGUCGCCUCGACGGGUGUCAAUGAGCUUCGCGAGGCGCUCGGCACCGCCUCGCCCGUAUCGGCCAAGCACACCAAUGGCUUGAGCCACGACAGUGCUGCGGGCGCGGCUGACGUCGAGGGUCGUCGUGCGCACCGCCGCGAGUCGCGUCGUGGACCCAUGCUGGGCAGCUCCAACGGCACUAACGGCACCAGCGCCGUCGCCAUCCUCGACUCGCUCAAGGUGGGCGAGGACCAGGACGCGAGUCUGCUCGGCCCCGACAGUGCGCGCGCCGCCAAGACCGCCAGCAUCGUCACCACCGCAGCCCCCAUCAGCCCGCCGUACGCUUCCUAG